GGUGGCUGCAAGCUGCGAUUUUGGCGUCCUCUCAUUUCCUAUCCUUAUCUCCGCCCGCGGCUGCGUUGGCCAGCUAGCUUUUGAUUUUUGUACCUGGUCAUUGAUCAAUAAAGCAACCUAAGGAAAUAUAGGACACGAUUACCUCACUGCCAGCUCUGGCCCUGGGCUUGUACAGCGAGCUCAGGGUCUCUGCACCAGUGGGCUGCAGAAACUUAGUCAUAGCACCCUCAGUCCCUGAGGUCUGAAGCUCGCCGCUGCGCAUUCUCCUCCCUGGGAACGUGACCCCAGCACCCGACGCAGAGAUGCCAGCCCACAUACUGCAAGAGAUGUCUGGCUCUUACUCAGCCACCACCACAAUCACAGCGCCCCCCUCUGGGGGACAGCAGAAUGAAGGAGAGAAGUUUGAAAAGAAUCCUCACCACUGGGGAGCAGAUGUUCGCCCCGAAAUAAAAGAUGACUUAUAUGACCCCAGCUACCAGGAUGAGGAGGGGCCCCCGCCCAAGCUAGAGUACGUCUGGAGAAACAUCAUCCUCAUGGCCCUGCUGCACUUGGGGGCCCUGUAUGGGAUCACACUGGUUCCCUCCUGCAAGGUCUACACCUGCCUCUUCGCAUAUUUGUACUAUGUCAUCAGUGCCUUGGGCAUCACAGCCGGGGCUCAUCGCCUGUGGAGCCACCGAACUUACAAGGCGCGCCUGCCGCUGCGGCUCUUCCUCAUCAUUGCCAACACCAUGGCUUUCCAGAAUGAUGUGUAUGAAUGGGCCCGAGAUCACCGCGCCCACCACAAGUUCUCAGAAACACACGCCGAUCCUCACAAUUCCCGGCGUGGCUUUUUCUUCUCUCACGUGGGCUGGCUGCUUGUGCGCAAACACCCGGCUGUCAAAGAGAAGGGUGGAAAACUGGACAUGUCUGACCUCAAAGCUGAGAAGCUGGUCAUGUUCCAGAGGAGGUACUACAAGCCCGGCCUCCUGCUCAUGUGCUUCAUCCUGCCCACGCUGGUGCCCUGGUAUUGCUGGGGUGAAACUUUCGUGAACAGCUUGUGCGUCAGCACCUUCUUGCGAUACGCUGUGGUGCUCAAUGCCACCUGGCUGGUGAACAGUGCCGCUCACCUCUAUGGAUAUCGCCCCUACGACAAGAACAUUAGCUCUCGGGAGAAUAUCCUGGUUUCAAUGGGAGCUGUGGGCGAGGGCUUCCACAACUACCACCACGCCUUCCCCUACGACUACUCUGCCAGUGAGUACCGCUGGCACAUCAACUUCACCACAUUCUUCAUCGACUGCAUGGCUGCCCUGGGCCUGGCUUAUGACCGGAAGAAAGUAUCUAAGGCUGCUGUCUUGGCCAGGAUCAAAAGAACUGGAGAUGGGAGCUGCAAGAGUGGCUGAGUUUGGGAUCUUUCAGUUUCUGUUCCAAAAGCCAGCUUGGCAGAGGCUUAAUGUUCUGUUAAUUAACUACUGAGUAUUGCUACCCAGAUGCUAAAAUGAUGACGUUAACCCAUUCUGGUACAGUAUUGUAAAAUGGACAAGUAUCGGAGGUCAACAGCUCUUCCCUUCCCAUGCUAAGCUGAUCUUCUCUUCUCUUUUCGUUGUCUUUUUCUUUGCUUUGUCCCUGUUGACCUCAUUUCUCAUCGCCUCCCAAGCCAGCCGCUGCUCCACCGUAGGUCAGUGUUCACCUUCCAAAGCAUACCAACUUUCCAAGGGUCUAAAAGUAAAGGUUUGUGCCCCACCCCCAACUCUUAAGCUGUUCUGAGUUAGAGAUACAAGAAAAUCUGCAGAGAUUUCUCCUGUUAUUUUUAGCCCAGGCUUUGCCAGACGGAGUGGAAGGUAAAUCUUAAGGGGCCAAAUUCAGCAUGCAGGCUGUGAUUCAGCCAAGAUGUGGGAGAGGGGAAUCUUGUGUGAUCAGGCUCAGCUGUUGUCUCGCAGAGGCAGUGGAGCCUUUCCACACAGCAUGCCUCCUCUCCUAAUUCUGAGUAGGUGACAACCAUGGGACUUGGUGACAUUGGAGUACAAGUAACACAUAUCAGUAUCUCAGUGUAGUUUAGGCUGAAGAUUAAAAAAAAAAAAGUAAAAAACUGUAGGGAAAGUGGUCUCUACUGAGAAAAAAUUUUCUUCUCCUUUAAUAAUAAGGACAUGGGGCCAGGUGUGGUGGGUGGCAUAUGCCUUAAAUCACAGCACUUGAGAGGCAGAGGCAGGUGGAUCUCUUGAGUUCAAGGUCAACCAGGGCUAGUUGGUGAGACAUCAAAUAAAUAAAUAAAAAGUGAUUAUAAGGGCAUAAGAGCCAGAGGUCUUUGGGUGAGGCAUGCUUGGAAUUGAUGAGGACAGUCACUCAUAGUUUUGAGCAUUCUGUGAGUUGCACGCCCAACUUCUGAUUCCCAUUCUUCUGUCUGGUUACUCCCAUAAAUUAAGGAUGGCUGUGGCGUUUCUAUACAUUGAACAGUGGAAGCAUUUUAAGAGUUGAACUUAAGCCACACUUAAAACUGAAGAGACAUAAAGUCUGCCCUGGAACUUGCAAAUACUCAGAGUGCUUCCCUCCGAAAAGGAGACGCUGAACGUGUUGUCUGUUCCUCCCACUGUUGGGCAGCAGGUGGAGAAGUUGGAAGGCGUUGUAAGGCAGCUCCUAAUAACUUUCCAGAGGAAAGCUGCUGGGGACACAUUGCCAGGGGGCUUCAAAGUUUUGGGGUAUCCUAGUGAAAACAGGUUAGAUGGUAGCUCUUCGCUCUUUAUCAUAAGGCUUCCCUUACAGUACUGACUCAUGCCUCGUUGGCUCUUUGGCCAUCCAGCCUACAUGGAGGACUCUGUCUGUGACACAUGGCCCAAAAUCUCUUAGCUCUACCACGUCUGCCUCUUUUUCCCAUUUUUGUGGUUUGGGUUGUAUGUUUGUUUGGUUUUUUUUUUUUUUUUUCUUUCCUCUUUGACAUUUAGUCUUGCUCUAGGCAGAACUGUCCUGUGUAUUCACAGGCAGUAAAUGUGCAGUCCCAGCGGCUUCUUGUUCAGAGAUAGGACGCUGUAUCAGUAGUAAGGAGAGCUGGCUGUCCCCUUUCCAGUGACUUUCAAAUCCUCCACCUCUGUCCCUUAGGCUUCUGACACUCUGGGAACUGUAAAGAAAAAGGUUGGCAAACUUUCUAGAAACAUCCCUGACUCAAAGAGGCUCUUUUUCUCGUGAGUCAUUCCAAAACAAAUAGUCGUGUUGUGCCAGUGUGCCGGGGAAGGGCGAGACACAGUUCCUGGUUUUUAGCCGCAGUGUGAGUCAGGGCAGAGCAUGCUCAGUGCUCCCCCACAUGUUCAGUAAAGCUCUUUGGGCUCCUCAGUACUCCUGGGCUACAUGUUGGCUAAGUGCAAAGCACAGGAACCCAGGUCUGUGUUCUUAAGUGCCUCAGCUGGAAUCCCUUAUACCUGGAGCCACAGUCCGCUGCAAAGCUUUGGCUAAUAUAGGAGGUCGAGAUGCCAUGGACUUUGCAAAAAAAGGAUUUUGUUCAGCAAACUGAUUGGCGUGUCCGUCCCUGUAGCUCACUCAGCACUGCAGAAAUGUGGGUCUGCUGUAUUAAGAUUGGCUUGUAGUGUGCCAAAUGCUGUAUAGACUACUGCGUCCCACAGUCUUCCUGUGUUGGUGGAGUAAAGGCUUCAGGACCUCUGUGUGCCCACAUGAAAGCAGCCUUACCCUUUAGCUGUUCACCUAAAACAGAAUUCUUGGGAGAUUACAGUGUAUUUGCUGACCUGUGGGCCCUCUUCCUUGGAAAGGCCUUUUGGGUUAGCAGGUGCCCGCUUAAAUAAUAUGUGAAAAACAAAAGCAAUUUUCCUCUUCUAAGCCUGCCCCGUGGAUCUGAACCGUGCUGUGGCUGAGGACCCCCGUUAUAUAUGUAUCCUGCCGAUAAGGGUGUACCAGCUCACUAAGGAAUACUACUUUCAGGAUUUUAAAGCUCAAAUCAAAGUGACACAUUAAUAAGAAACUAAGAUCUGAUUGAGUGACUUCCUAACAGUCCUUGCCAUGUGGACAUGCUAAAAUCUGACUUGGGUGCCUUACCUCUUUAAUCUGUUGCUUGUAAGCCUGCACUCUGCCUCUGUGGAGUCCCUUGAAAACUGGAGAGCCUGUCCGUGUGGCAGUAUCAACUGACCUGGCUGGAGGAGGUCACUGUACAUCAAUUUGCAGCAUUCCCCUUUGGGGGCUUCAUUUGGGGAAGUUUUCUUAGGGCUGUUUUGAUGAAGUGCCCAUAGCUGAUGGAUGGUGGAAGUAAUUUGAACGUAUGUGAUUUGUAGGGUUUUGCUAUUUGUUUUGAGACUAAACGCUGGUUGUAGCAUUUAAAGUGAAAGCUUUUCUUCAUGGUUUGCUAGUAUCCUGAGCGUCUUCUUUAGCUGAAAUAGGUUAGUAGGAAAGUUAAGAAAGCGGCGGCCAUGUUAUGCUGGUGGUGAAGGCCAGGGCCUCCUACCACGCUCCAUUUUUUUGGUAACAGUCCCACUCUCUGACAAAUAAUGAAUUCACUCCUUGGACAAGGAUGUUAAUGAGGGAAGUGCCCUCCCGACCUAAUCAGCUCUUAAUGGUCCCAGCUGUCAACACUGUUGCAUUGGGGAUUAAGUUUCCCAACCCAUGAACUAUGGGACAAACUCAAACCAUAGCACUGGAUAUGUCAACUUAACAAUAAUGUGACUCAGUAUUACUUCUGUGAAACUGGGAUAAUAAUCCUGACCUACCUCAGUGGGUAGGUUUGAGCAGGGCUAAAUGCUCUUUAUAAAACAUUUGGGGAUCCCUCAGCAGAGGAAUAUUUAAGUCCUGCACAUUUUUUAUAGUAACUGUGUCCCACCAUGGACUUGACACGUGCCUAUGUCCCAGAUGACAUUGUUAAUCUACAUCAUUCUUUUCAGAGAUUGAAUGGAUGCGUUAGAUAAUGUAUACUCAUUGCUAUGAAAACAUGCAGGACUCCAUUUCCUUCCUUGGGUGGGAUUUUUCCUUUAUUAUGUGCAACAGUAGUUAUUUGUAAUUAAUAAUUUUCAUUAAUACCAACUCUGAAAGUAUUUCUACUCAUCUGAGGUUGUGUUUGUUCAUAAUAAAAUGAAAUGGAUCUGACUGCAA